AUGGAGCUGUAUCUCAUCAGACAUGGGGAGACGGUUGAUAAUGUAGCCGGCCUUUAUGCUGGCGUCCGAGAUUCCACCCUUACCAACCAUGGCGUUGAGCAAGCCCGUCGGUUGGGCGACCACUUUGGGAAGGGAGAAGCACGUGUAGCAUUCGAUCACAUCUUUGCCUCGCCACUAUCCCGAGCGUACAAGACUGCACAGGCACUUCAGACCGCACAACUAGCAUCGGGAAAGGAAACUCAAAGACGGCUUGGGGAUCAUACGGAGACGACGGAUACCGUUGAGAUUGUGCGUGUCUCAGAGCUGAUUGAACAAGAUUUCGGAUUCUACGAAGGGAAGAGCUUUCAGGCGCGUACUGACCCUACGAAGUCCGGCAAGGACGCACAUAGGGAGAAACACAAAGAUGAUCCAGGUUUCGUCGAUGUCGAAAGCAAAGAAUCGUUGAAUGGUCGAGCGGACGCUUUCCUGGACCAGCACCUUCUCCCACUGCUCGAUAUUGGAGAUGGCUCUCGUCGUGGUGCCAUUGCGGUCGUCUCACACGGGAUAUUGCUGUCACAUUUGUGGAGGAGGCUGCUUCUGCGUUUGCCACCGAAGAGCGUGACCGUCGCUCCUGAUAUCAUCGCUAGCAAGGGAAGUAUUGUUCUUCAACACCUUGGUGGGUGGAGUAACACUGGAUACUUACAACUCUUGUUGACUCCCAACGGAGAUGACAUGGUUGAGAACUCCAGGUCGUCUCCGGCGCCUAGCGCCUUGAGAGAUGCUAUUCCUGAGUAUCAAAAUGAAGCGGAAAUGGAGUCUUCCGCGGCGGUUGGCGCAUCUUCGAAAGAAAUUUCGUCGACGCCGCUAAUGCUCCAUGGCUGGUCAACACUCAUUGUCGCGAUUGACAGAAAGGAUCACCUCGUUGGCCUCAAACGUCAGAGAGGUGGCAUUGGUCGUUCUGCUCACGAUGAAGGCCAACAGAAGCUUACCGGCUUCUUCAAGCGGAAUCGAACAAGCUGA